AUGUCUCAACCCAGAGUUCCUCAUUAUGAAGCAGCAUUGCAUGUCCUCAAAUAUUUUUCAAGCACUUCAGACUUUGGUUUAUUUUUUAAUAACUCUCCUAGUUUUUCUCUUGUGGGAUAUUGUGACUCUUACUGGGCCAGCUGCUCCUCUAGCAGAAAGUCUGUAAGUGUUUAUGUUCUAUUACUUGGUGGUUGCCCUGUCUCUUGGAAAUUAAAGAAGCAAGUCACCAUUGCACUCUCUUCUGCAGAGGCUAAGUACAGGGCUCUCAGAAAGUUGGUUGCUGAGAUUGUUUGGCUGGUCAGGCUCCUAGAUGAGCUUACUGUUCCCUCUGUUGUUCCUGUUUCUAUUGAUUCUCAGAUUGCUGAUGUGUUGACCAAAGCUCUCCCAGGUGUUCAACAUGGCACUUUAUUCUCCAAGCUUGGCAUGGUGUCCCAUUCCAGCUUGCGUGGGGAUGUUAAUACUUAG